CUUCUUUAGAUUACAAUUCAUUCAAUAACAUAUCGGUUUCGAAGUAAGAAUCGUACUAACAAAAGCUAAGUGUAGAACAAGAGCACACGAAUUCAAUCAACAUGGCCAAUCCUAGUAAUUGGCCAUCUCUUCUUAUGUUGGUCUUGGCCUUGUACGCCAUUGCUGCUCAUACAAGUGCUCAAUACACAUACUCUCCACCAUCACCACCACCGUACGUCUACAAUACUCCAUCACCACCUCCUCCAUACGUCUACAGCUCCCCACCACCUCCUCCAUACGUUUACAAGUCUCCACCACCCCCGCCUUACGUCUAUAGCUCCCCACCACCUCCUCCAUAUGUUUACAAGUCCCCACCACCACCUCCUUACGUCUACAGCUCCCCACCACCUCCUCCAUAUGUUUACAAGUCUCCACCACCUCCUCCUUAUGUCUAUAGCUCUCCACCACCACCUCCAUAUGUUUACAAGUCACCACCACCUCCUCCUUACGUCUACAGUUCUCCUCCAUAUGUUUACAAGCCACCACCACCUCCUCCUUACGUCUACAGCUCUCCUCCAUAUGUUUACAAGCCACCACCUCCUCCUUACACGUACAGCUCUCCUCCAUAUGUUUACACUUCACCGCCACCUCCAAGCUAUAGUUAUAGCUCUCCUCCUCCUCCAAAAUACUAAACAAACAUAUACAUGAUAUAUUCGUUUAUCAGCCAUCAUAUUCAUGGAAUUAAAUAUUUCCUUACUAAACUUUCAUAUAUGAGAUGUAUUUCUUUGGUUACAACCAAGUGCAUUUUGUUGUUUGAUUGCUUCGUUUGAUGUUGUUUUACUCACUAAAAAUCCAUGUACUUGAUGUCCAUCUUUUAUUGUCUAAUGAACUCAAUGAAUUUUAUUUUAACAGAUUGA